GCAACGUACAAGAACUCGCUACAGUCCACAGAGUGCAACAAUUCUCUGGAAGACCCUAUUUUCUCGCACGACAACGGGAGCACAGAACUGCCCAAGAAAGAACUCCCUAUAAUUGAAAUUUGAGCACAUCUGCGACCAUGCGCUGGUUUGCAGUGGGCCCAGUCAUCUGCUGCGCGGCAUCUCUGGUGCUUGCCUUCCUAUGCCUCUUCGCGGGCUCCCACAAAGGCUUUAUGGAAGACUACGCCUUGCUCACCCUCAACACCUCCCGAGUCGGCCAAAACAUCUUCAACACCUCGGAAUCCUCGUCUUCAACUCUAGGCCAACUGAUCGACAACGUCACCAACAGCAUUGAAUCCGACAUCCAAGACCUAAUCACCUCCACAGCCCGCGACCUAGGCCUUCACGACUUCUAUUCCGCCCAUCUAAUGACCUACUGCGAAGGCUACUACAAACCAGGACCCGUCCCGAACGCCACUCUAUCAAAGGACGACAUCAGCAAGAAUGUCACGCAAUGCAGUAAUCGCACUGCCAUGUACAGUUUCGACCCCCAAGAAAUCCUCCAGAAGGAAUUAAACGAGAGCGGCACGGGAGUCGAUCUGAGUGAUUUGGAUUGGCCGGAGGAUAUUCAGAAAGGUAUCGAUGCGGUGAGGAUUAGUGCGAAAGCUACGUUUGUGUUGUAUUGUAUUGCCAUUGGGUUCAUUGGGAUUGCUUUGGUUUUGGCUGCGAUAUCAUUCUGUACCCAAGGACGAUUGUCAGCGCUCAUCAACGUCAUUGUUGAUUGGCUUGCAUUUAUAGUCUUGGGAAUCGCGAGUGCAAUCGCGACGGCGAUUGCUGUCAAGGCUAGCGAUGUGAUUAACAGAUAUGGUCACGACAUCGGGGUGAGUGCGAGCAAGGGCAGGAAUUUUUUGAUCAUCACGUGGGUUGCGACGGGGUUGUUGCUCUUGUCGAGUAUACUUUGGUGCGUCGAUUGUUGCGUCGGCGGAAGGCGGAAACGUCACCAGUACACAGCAGCCAAACAUGGUUGAUGAGGAAAAGGGAGCUUCUGACGAUUGAAUGCGAUUGAUACCCAUUGGCGUGGAGUGAGAGGAGUAACCCAGCUAGCAGCAUUUGUUGAGAUCUGCACACGAUUUCAUGCACGUGG